AUGAACCGUCAAGAACGUCAGCAUUCAGAAAAAAAAAAUAAAAAUUUAGAUGCAAAAGACAAAAUAGAAGAACUAACGGAAACCAAACCCAGUCUCCCAGACGGAGGCCUUGAAGCAUGGCUGCAAGUUAUGAGUGGAAUGUAUAGUAGCCAACAGGAUAGGGGUAUUGUUAAUUCAUAUGGAGUAUUUCAAACGUAUUAUAAAUCAACAUUGUUGAAAGAUUCAUCUAUAUCAAGCAUUUCGUGGAUUGGGACCGUACAGGGUUUUGGAAUUAUUCUUAUAAGUCUUUUUAUUAGUCCUGCGUAUGAUCGAGGAUAUGGGCGAUCAUUAAUUAUAUCGGGAUCUAUUUUGAUUAUAUUUGGGUUGUUGAUGACGAGCAUUGCAAACAAAUACUAUCAAAUUUUUAUCUAUCAGAGUAUUUGUAUUGGAAUUGGAUCGGGGUGUGUCUUUAUUCCAGCUUUAGGAACACUAGCCAAGUAUUUUGACAAACGGAUAUCAUUGGCAAUGGGCAUCGCAGCGGCAGGAGCAGGAAUUGGAGGGUUGGUUUUUCCUCUUCUUUUUCAAAACUUGAUUAAUCGAAUUGGCUUUGGUUGGACAAUGCGAGUAUUUGCCUUGAUUUCACUUGUUGUGCUUGUGAUUGGUAUUAUUAUUUCAGAGUUGUACAAGAUUCCACAUCAGCGGCCUCCUCCGUUUAAUUUUUCUUCUUUAAGUGAAUAUACAUUUAUGAUUUUUAAUAUAUCGGUAUUUUUUAUUUUUACUGGUAUUUAUUUUCCGUAUUUCUAUAUUCCGGUUUAUGGAAAAUCAGUUGGUUCAUCUGAUUUUUCGGCGUAUUUUGUUUCUAUUAUAAAUUUAGCAUCUAUUUUUGGUAGAAUUAUUCCUAGUUUUAUUGCGGAUCGAAAGGGACCACUGAAUAUGUUUAUCGUGUCCUCGGUGGGUUUGGUUGUUUUAACGUAUUUAUGGAUUGGGAUUCGGACUAUGGUUGGUCUUAUUAUUUUUUCAAUUCUUUAUGGAUUCUUUGCAGGAGCAGCCAUGUCUCUUCCUACAGCAGUCAUUGCAAAAUUAUCGUCGAAUUUGAGUUAUCUCGGUACUCAAAUGGCUGUUUCUUAUGGAUUUUCUGGUGUAGGGUUUCUAAUUGGCACACCUAUAGCAGGUGCCAUUUUGACUCAUUCGAAUAAUACAUUUUUCUGGGCACAAAUUUUUUCAGCAACGGUUAUGUUGGUUGGUGUUUUAGGGCUCUUUUUGAUUAAAUUAAGCAAGUACUCUCGCAAACCUUCUUUCAAAAUUCCAAUGCCUUUGAAUUUACGCUUUUAUCAUCAGCUUUGA